AUGUCGCUCCCCAAUUACCAAGAGGUCAUUGCACACCCUGAUGUGCUGUCUAUCUUUGCUACGUAUCUGGAUGUGAAUUCUUUAGUUGCUGUCUCUCGAGUUACCAGGGCGUGGCACAAUUUUGCCAACCCUCUUCUAUGGGCAGAUCCAAUUACUAUCAUUUCGCAACUCACAACACCGUUUUUAAAACUCGUUUCGUUCAUGAGAAAAUUAAAAGAUAUAGAAAUAGGUAGAGCUAGCAAGACCCGCGACUUGGUCAUAACGCUAAAUUUCAAGCCUCUGGUUGCCCUCCAGUACCAGCUUGCAUAUCAACAACAAUAUGCCCAAGCCGAAGGCUUUAUCACAACUCAAUGGAUCUUCAAAAAUGCCGCUUACAUGCAGAAUCUUCGCUUUAUAAUGGUGGACGGCCUGAGCGUCCUUCAAGAUAUUCCACCCUUUCAAAGAGAUGAUGGCUCACCUCACCCAGCGCAAGUCCUGUUGCUGAGCACUUCCUGGAUGCCCGAUAUCAAUAGCAAUUGGAUUGCUGUAGAUGAGGCGUUCCGCAAUCUAAUGUUCCUCGAUAUCUCAUACACUACGAGGACAGAAGACUUCACCAGGGUGUAUUCCACCUGCAGCUUCCCAAAUCUUCGGGUCUUAAAGCUUCGUGGCCUUCGACUUACAGAUACGCAUUUGCCAAGGGCUAUCGCCAACGGACACAAACUCUGGAGCCUAGAUGUCCGGGACAAUCUUUUGACGGAUCAGGCUGUGGAGAUGCUCUUACAGCGAUUCAUUCUACCUCCAAUUGCCCAGCCAACCCAUGCCGUAACUUCAACUGACAUGGAUCUCUUUGAUAAUCCUCCGGUCUACCAGCGAGAACCUCGGGUCGAAACUGCCCUUCACAUGGUACCACUUCGACCAGAUGAUGAAGAUGGAUUUAUGGAAUAUGUUAGCCGAAAUGGGAAUCUUGCUCAGGAAGAUCAUCCUCCCCUGGACGAUGCAGAUGAUAUGCUACGACCAACUGGCCUCACCCAGUUAUAUAUAUCGGGAAAUAAGCUUACUUCCCUCGGAGUCCACCGGUUACUACACCAAACGACCCGGCUCCAGGUCCUUGACGUAGGAUCCGUUCGUGCUCCUACAAUGCAGCUCAACAUUGCGUAUGCUACACACUUAGCGCAGCUCAAUUCCGUACAUGCCCUUAAAAGCCAAAGCGGAACCCGCCUCGAAGUUCUGCGGAUCCACCACUCCGUAGUUACUUGUGCGCCAACUAUUCUUCCAUCUAACUCUUCCAACUACGAUCUCCGACACCUGCACAAGGCAGAGAUAGAAUUUUCCAAUCGACAGGUUGGAGCAUUGGAGGCUCUCCACCCGCUCGAUAACCCACGCAUCCGAUACCUUUGUCUCACGGACAUCCCGACAAAGUCUUACGGUCCGAUUCUGAAUCGGCUGAAGGAAUUUAUAACCCUCUGUGCGUCUCAGCAGAGGCUUAUAGAGAUUGCGGCUACAGGCAUCGGUGCAGCCCACCAUCGUGGUCCAAAACUACUCACUGGACUUCGAACACUCAGGCUAGAAUUUAUCCAAGAUAACGGCUCUGCGGUCGGUAUAUCCGCUUCGGGAGAUCGAGAUGCAGAUGAGUUUUUAGCGCAGUCAAUGGGUGAUUUCUCAUUCUUUGAGGGCGGCUUAGACGCGCCACCUCAGCCUCCGCCGCCACUCACUGAAGCUCUCAAAGUUGUAGAGGACUUACGAGAGUUCAGGAGGACCAUGGUACAGAAGUGGAAUGGGAAGUUGGAGCUUGUAGUUCCUCGCUCGCCUGCUGUAUAA